CGCGGCGGUUGGGAUCAAUUGUGGCGAUAGUGAGUCGUAGGUAUCGUAGCUGUCGCCAUAUUGGAAUCGUAUCUGAGUCGAAUUGUUUGUCUGUACAGGGAGUAGUCUGACGUUAAAAGCUGAAUAAGUUCAGGUUGUUAGAAGAACUGGGAACAAACUGAUUCUAUUAGCAUCCAGUGGUCUGUAUCGAACUUCAUAUUGCUACCUCUGUACCUCGGUGCAUUCAGUUUAUUGGCAUGAAGCGUGAAGCAGAUGGUGACAUGGGCUCCCCACAGAAGCGGUCCCGCAGUGGGGAUGACACAACUGUUCGUCUUCUCAUACCCAGCAAAGCAGCUGGCUCAAUAAUUGGGAAGGGAGGUCAUAACAUAACCAAGUUGCGGACUGAGUACAAAGCCUCAGUUACUGUCCCUGAUUGCCCCGGGCCUGAACGCAUACUGACCAUAUCUUCAGAUUUGGACACAGUCCUUCAAGUGGUGAAUGAAAUCAUUCCAAACGUGGAUGAUGCAUCUGGAAGGUCAGGAUCUCGUGGUGGAGGUGACGAUGUGGAUCUUCGUCUUUUGGUGCAUCAGAGUCAGGCGGGAUGCAUCAUUGGCAAGUCUGGUUUCAAGAUAAAAGAGCUCCGUGAGAAAACUGGAGCUCGAAUCAAAAUAUUCUCAAACUGCUGUCCCCAGAGCACUGAAAGAGUUUGUCAGAUCUCAGGACGGCCUAACACGUGCACAGAUUCUGUACGGGAGAUAAUGGAACUCAUUAAAACUUCUCCAAUCAAGGGUAUGAAUAACCCUUAUGAUCCACAUAAUUACGACGAUUUUCAUGCUCAAGAAUAUGGCGGCUUUGGGGAUCAAGAUAGCAAGGGAGGCCGUGGUGGCCCAGGAGGUGGAAUGUAUGGUGGUAUGGGUGGACCACCCCCAAUGGGCCGAGGGGGACGAUUUGGGCCAGGUGUUGGUGGAAAUAUGGGCCCUGGGCCUCGUGGUGGUCCUCGUGGAGGAAUGGGAGGUCCUCCUGGAGGAAUGGGUCCUGUGCGAGGUGGUGGCGGCUUUGGUGGUGGUCGUGGCGGCUUUGGAGGAAACAGAGGAAAUUCAUCCAAUGGAAUAAUUAACAAUUCACCAAUGAGUAUGGGUGGUGGAAGCAGUGGUGGACAAGGGCCAAUGCUUGGAGGAGGAAAGGGGUCAACCCAAGUCACAAUCCCCAAAGAUUUGGCAGGUGCCAUCAUUGGGAAAGGCGGCGCAAGAAUACGCAAGAUACGAUCUGAUUCUGGAGCAGGAAUCACAAUUGAUGAACCUUUACCUGGGUCUAAUGAUCGUAUAAUCACAAUAACUGGUUCACCAAAUCAGAUACAGAUGGCUCAGUAUCUCCUUCAGCAGAGCUGUCAGAGUGGUGCAGAUUCAGGCAACUAUUAAGGAAAAUGAGCAAUGCAGCCUGUUGAAGGAAAGUGUCCGAGUAAAUUCUUACAAGUGAAGAGAGAGAGAUAGAGGGAUGGCUGACAUGCCAGCAUUUGUUCAGACCUUUAGAUGCGCUAGAACUUAUGAGAAAUAUACAACAUUUUAGUUCUGGCAGAUUAUUUUUCCUUGAGUUGCAAUAUGUAAUCCAUUUCUUAGUUCCAUACUUAGAAACAACAGUCGUAAUUUUUAAGUAGUUUGUUGAUACAUUACAUUUUUAACAUGAACAUUCGCAGUACAAGUAAAGCAGUUUGUGUAUUCUGAAAUAUAUAUUUUUCUUGGUGUUUAAGCUUUGAUUGUGACUGCCAUGUUCCACAGAAUAUUAUGUAAGAAACUGUAAUGCAUGGAGUUUUGUUGUUCAUGAAAUAAUGAAUCAGUACAAAUAAUCCUAUUCUGUAUUCAGUAGCUUAUCUCCACUGAAGUUACUACUUUAUAUUAUAAACAGUCUUUGUACUAAAAGAAAAAAAGGUUCCAUGAUUUUAUUUCAGUGCCAGUAAUAAAUGCUACAGAAUCAUA